UAGAGGUGUUCGCGACAUUUUUACAGCAGAAGCGGCAGUUUCCGCGCUGGGUUGGAGAAGGCAACAUCAUGGCGUCAGGAACAGGAGGGUCGUCCGAUGGACACGAUGCAGAGCUGGAAGAAUUAUUAGACAGUGCGUUGGAUGACUUUGAGAAGGCGUCCGUCCCUCCAGCCCCUGAACCUGCAGCCGCUUCGUCCUCAGCCAGCAGUGGUGCACAAAAGCCCCCUUUGCUUGAGGACUGUAAGCUCUUCGAGACUCUCUUUGAAGGGGACAUGGCUGCCCAAGCUAAGGAGGAGUGGGAGAAGGCCAUGACGGAGCUGGCUCAGGAGGAACCGGAGCUUCUCCAACACUUUCAGAAGCUAUCAGAGGCUGCGGGAAAAGUUGGUACUGACACUGCCUCCCAACAAGAAUUCACUUCCUGUCUUAAAGAAACCCUUCAGGGGCUGGCCAAAAAUGCAGACAACCUGAAGUCUUCGGGACUAGCUGGAGAUGACCUUGUCAAAGCACUAGAGGGCCUAGGGUUGGAGGAGGGUGAAGGUGGUGGUGGUGAUGAUGGAAACAUCCUGCCCAUCAUGCAGUCCAUCAUGCAGAAUCUUCUCUCUAAGGAGGUGCUUUAUCCAUCCCUGAAGGAAAUCACUACUAAGUACCCAGAGUGGCUGGAAACCAACAAACCGAGCCUUAGUCCAGAGGACUACCAGCGCUAUGAGCAGCAGGCCAAAAUCAUGGGAGACAUCUGUAAGCUCUUUGAGAGGGAGGAAGAGGGUGCAGCAGAUAAAGAGAGCACAUUUGAGAGGAUCAUGGACCUGAUGCAAAAGCUGCAAGACCUUGGACAACCACCCAAAGAGCUAGCAGGUGAUGCGCCUCCUGGCUUUAACUUUGACAUGGACUCACUCAAUCUCCCUGGAGGCCCUGGGGCCGGGUCAGCCGAGCAGUGCUCCGUCAUGUGAUGAGGGUAGUGGCGGUGUCCAUCUGAAGCACUUGAGCCGAAGGGUCGCUCUGUGUGUGUCAGCAGCGGGGGAGAGUGACAGAAUGAGAAGCAAAUGUCAGGCAGGAGUGUGACUAAUCCGUCAUCACCGCUCUCCUCCUAAAGAGUAAAGUGUGUGGAAACAGAAGCAACAUAAGGAAUCACAAACAACACAAACACACAUAUUCUUCUCCAUAAAAAUCAUGGAAGGCACAACUAAGAACAUUUGGACAUCUUUUCAUUAGCAGCUGCCACAAUUCCUUCACACUUUAAUUUUAGCAGAGUUUCUGUAAGAAGAAAAUACCACUGGCCUUCUCAGUGUUGUUUUUACAUACUGUUUAACCUUAUGGUAAUUUACAUCAAACCACUUCACGGGUAUAAACGGUGCCUUUUCAAAGUGACUUUAAGUUGUUGUUUUUAGGUUUCAUUAGAACGUGAAAUUUCAUCUAUUAUUCAGCUACAAUCGGAGUUAAAAUGGUCUGAAUUUGCAAUAACAUCCCAAGUUGACACCAAGUGAUUGUUUUCCAGCAUUUCACUUAAGCUAAAAGCUUUAACUUAGAAAGUUUAUGGUUAACAUGCUAGAAAACUAUGAAAAAUGUGUACAUUUGUUAGUUAUUUAAAAGAUUAAAACAACUAAAGAGGAGUGAAGCCCUCAUAAGAGAUUUCCUUUACCUCUUAAAACUAAGCCAGCUAAUUUAAUAAGACCCAUUUGCUAUUCCUAUUUCCAAAAUAUUGAUUUGAAGUGAUUGAUGAUUCCUGGAUGCCUUUGCUGUGGUUGAAGUGAUCAUUAUAGUGUAGAGUAACUGUGCAAAGUGCUUCCCUGUGAUUCCCAGUGUUUUCAAUGUGCAAAAUGGUGUUUUCCUUUUGGCAUGGGGUCUCCGCUGGGAAACAACAAUCACCUGAGGUCAUGAAAAUAAACCCUAUAAAAGUGCGUCAUGUUUGUUCCAGAGAGGGCGACAGACAGUGUAGUAAACAUCACAUUGUGUUUCGUGAAAGGGAGAGAGAAAGAGGUGGCUAAUACAUGGAGAUGCGCUAUUGGGUAAGACAUCAACAACCUGAUGUUGGCACUUUCUGGCAGUGCCUGUCGGGUUUGUGUAGCGGAUAACAGUUGACUUCUGUAACUGUAGAGAGAGAUCUAGAUAUCACACGACCACCAGCCCAUCAGUGACUGUAUAAUAAAGGGUUCUGUGAAAGGAAUCAGUCAACCAUGCACUGAGAAGAGAUGCGAUUUACAUCAGCUGAGGGGAGUGCUGCUGCAGAGGUUUACAGAGACCUGUGGUUUCAUCCCAUUGUGGGGUGGGACUCAACUCUCAGGGCCGAUGCAAAUGUUUCCCACAGCACCGUUAAAAGUAAUAAAAAAUAAUGAUGAUAAUAAAACUUGUUUUUGACACUAUUCUUCUGUAAAUAUAUAAAAUAAAACUAAUGAUAUACUGUAA